AUGCGCAUAAUCUGCCGCCAUGUGACGCCUCCAGCUACAUCACUGCCGACAAGUCUUUUCACCGCACCGCUACUGGAAUGGCUGAGGGGCAUCCUGGUGGUCGUUCUGAUUGCCAGUCUGGCCUCGGCAGCCGUUGUGCAGGCUCAAACACCCGGUCAGAUCAAAGCGUUGAGGAAGGAGGCUGAGGACCUCUUCUACCAUGGCUUUGAGAAUUACAUGACCUAUGCUUUUCCAGAAGACGAGCUGCGGCCGAUAUCUUGCAAGCCCCUUACACGCGACAGCGAGAAUCCUACCCACAUUGAAGUUAAUGACCCUCUGGGAAAUUAUUCCUUGACCCUCAUCGAUAGUCUCUCGACCCUCGCUAUAUUGGCCUCGAACCCAUCAAGCCCGAGACAAAACAAACCUCUCCGACUCUUUCAAGACAGUGUGAGGGAUUUGGUUGCGCAGUACGGCGAUGGCUCUGAUGGUUGGGCAGGUGAAGGCUCAAGAGCGCGCGGAUUUGACCUUGACAGCAAGGUCCAGGUCUUUGAGACGGCGAUACGUGGACUAGGUGGCCUGCUGAGCGCCCACCUGUUCGCGGUCGGCGACCUCCCCAUCCACGGCUACCGCCCUCCUCGGAAUCAGCUUGCCUACGCACAAGCAUGGCACAAGGAUCAAUAUCAUGGCAAGAAGCAGGGUAUUCUCUGGCCUAAUGCGUUUGAGUAUGACGGCCAACUUCUGAGGCUGGCAUAUGAUCUGGGAAGUCGCCUGCUCCCGGCCUUUUGGUCUUCAACUGGUAUUCCCUAUCCCCGGGUAAAUCUCCGGCACGGCAUACCAUUUUAUGUCAACUCUCCUCUGAAUGCGGGCAGCGAAGAUGGCAGAUGCUCAGCCCCUUCUGGAGCUCAUGAAAUCACAGAAACGUGCAGCGCCGGCGCCGGAAGUCUGGUCCUUGAGUUUACCGUGCUAAGCCGCCUCACUGGAGAUCCACGCUUUGAGGAGUUGGCCAAGAGGGCUUUCUGGGCUGUAUGGCAGAGACGAAGCAGCAUCGAUCUCAUUGGUGGCGGCAUUGACGCGGAAAGUGGGAACUGGAUUGGUACGUGGACGGGCAUCGGUGCUGGCAUCGAUAGCUUCUUUGAGUAUGCCCUCAAAUCGCACAUCCUGUUGUCACGCGAAGCCCGUCCCGUUUACGACGGUGUUGACGAGGCCCAUGAUCCCAGGCUGCUUCAUGGUCCCAUCUCACCGGGAGAUGAGACUCCUCAGGCCUUUCUCAACGCUUGGAACACCGCUCAUUCUGCGAUUAAGAGACAUCUCUACCGGGACACAACAUAUCAACAUCCACACUACAUCCAGGCUGACCUGGUCACUGGGGCCGCCAGAGGGUUCUGGGUUGACGCUCUGAGCGCAUACUACCCCGGUCUUUUGGCCCUCGCCGGUGAAGUCGAAGAAGCCAUUGAGACGCAUCUCCUGCAAACAGCGCUCUGGACAAGGUUUUCAGCUCUCCCUGAACGUUGGAAUCUAGUCUCUGGCGGGAUCGAGGGUGGUCUCGGCUGGUGGGUGGGCCGACCAGAGUUCAUUGAGUCCACCUACUACCUCUAUCGCGCCACCGAGGACCCAUGGUAUUUCCACGUCGGUGAAAUGGUCCUCCGAGACAUCAAGCGGAGAUGCUGGACCAGGUGUGGCUGGGCUAGUAUUCAAAAUGUGCUCACAGGGGAACAAACGGACAGAAUGGAGAGCUUUUUCCUUGGGGAAACAGCGAAGUACCUGUUUCUGCUCUUCGAUCCUAGCCAUCCCUUAAAUCAUCUCGACGAGCCGUUCGUGUUCACGACCGAAGGUCACCCACUGGUCAUUCCACGAAGUGUUGGUCACGAUAUCCCUCAGGGACCUUCAUGGCCUAGGCAGGAAGAGGAGUCGUUCUGCCCCGUCAGGUCGCCGUCCUUGCCUUUCACUGUCUCCAACGUUGCUGCAAGAGGCGACGUGUACCACGCAGCCAACCUCGCGCGACUGCACCUGAUGCCACAUCGCGACAAGAUCGAGUCUGUGCUGGGAGAAUACGCCGCGGAUCACCCGAGCAUCACCGUAUCGGACAUCAGCUCUCCUUCGAACUAUACGUACUACCCAUGGACGUUGCCGCCAGAACUCGUCCCCUGGAAUGCGACCAGCUCCGUUAUACCAACGAGACCGACGCUAGACAUCUCUUUUCCAGCGAUGCCAGCGCCGGGAAUUAAUGCCCCACCUUUACAACGCGUCAAAGACGGCAUUUUAAUAAAUGCAAUUGGUGGCCUACGCCUGGGUAUGGUACAAGACACACCAUGGCUGUUUGAGGAUGGAUUCCACGAUGCAUGGCGUGUUCAGACCAUCAACAAUAUCCCACUUGGAAAGGAUGAGAAGAUCUACUUGGGCCGUGAGACGGGUCAGGACGUACUCAGUCCCGCAGAUCCGAAUUUCACUCGGCUCAAAGAUCACGUCAUGCUCGACCUGGUAGUCGAUCUGAACAGCGCCAUCGAAGAGCCCGACCCUCCCGCUGAAGCUGAACCAUCGCAGGACGACCACGACCAACCCGAACUCAUCAUCGAGGUCCCCAUCCUCGGUGAAGCAUCGAAUGACAACGCCAUGAGAGCGGCUUGGAAUGCCAUUGUAUCCCAAAUCUCCAGUCUCAUCAAGGAUACUCGGCCCCCUGCAACAUGGCCGUUUUCAACCCCUCUCUCACUCACUACCCCCACGAAACGCGCUGCCACCUCCUCGCGCUCGACCUCGACCUCAUCCCCUGGCCACGGCCAGGGUCAACCGCGCUACCACCUCUCCGCCGUAACAGCCACCGGGCCCGGCGCCGCCCCGCUCCCUUCCUGGCCCGAAGUCCCCAACUUCGUGCCGUUGAACAGCCCGUCUCCUCCGCCCCUCCCGUGGACGAAAAUCUACGCGACCGACCAGCUCUGCGACCACAAGAUCCCCCUCUCCGUGGUCAGAACGCAUCAAGUCCUUGUGGUGAAGCGCGGGGGAUGCGACUGGUCGGACAAAUUGGAGAACAUCCCUGCGUUCACGCCCGGAAAUAGCGCCCUACAGCUCGUCGUGGUAGUGAAUUACGAGCAGGGUCAGGACCAGGGGGUGGCUGAAGACGACGGAGACGACGGGAACGAGGACAGCGACCAGGGCCGUGUUGGCGCCGACCACGACGAAGCGGACCUCGUGCGUCCGUUCCUGCCCCGCCAGCAGAUCACGCCCGCGGGACUCUAUCGGCGGAAUCCGAUCCCGAUGGUCCUGGUGGGUGGUGGGGACAAAGUGUACGACGCGUUGAAGGAGAGGGCCGUGGGCGUGGGCAUCAAGAGACGGUACCACGUCGAGACCAAGGGCGUGAGGAUUGCGAACUUGGUGAUAGUUUAG